AUGGCUGGCCAAAAGAUCAGCAGUUGUGAAGCUAAUUCAUUGCCCGCCAGUUCAGAAUCAGGUAUAUCUGCUCAAAUUGAUCAUAAGGCUUUUCUCAAGGGAAGAGCCAGGAAUAGCAUGAAGGCACCUUUGAUGAUUAAGGAUCGUAUCUCAUUUCAUAGUAUGAAGGCAAAUAUUCGAAUACACGGUCCACAGAAUCAGGAGAAUAGAAAUAAUUCAAGGCCAGAUGAAGAGAAUCAUCAUGAGUGGGGUUCUGCAGUGAGGACACCUAGGGAUGGUGCAAGAGAAGUUGACGAAGAGACUGGUAUUUACAGAUGGGUCUCAGGAUGCACCUCAUCCGAUGAAGAAAAACGUGAUGUUAACGUUAGUAAAAGUUUGAUUUGCUCUGGCAAUUCAAAAAAUUUCAAUUGCUCAACUGAAAUUCAAGAGCAUAUAAGAUCAUCUGAUGCAAAUGAUAACCAUAUCACUUUCUGUUCGAGUACUAAAAUAUCAGGCGAAAGUGAAAAUAUGACAUCUAUCAAAGGCGAAUCAGUCAAGAUGGAUCCAAAAGUGACUGAUAAUAUUAAUGACGGCUUUCUGUUGCAUGAAUCAUCUGAGUUUUUAAUGACAAAACCUACAAAAGUUUUGUUCAGGGAUCAGAGUAAAUCUGUUACUGUAUUUGAUCUGAAUGAAGAUAUCAACACAAACGAGUUAGAUGAUGGGAUUGACCUCAAUGUUGCUGCUGUAGAAGAUAUUCCCGAGAUUGGAUUUCAAAUGGAGGAUGUGUGGAAACCCUCAGAGUCCCCUUUUCAAGACUCUUAUUCAGAAGUUGAUUCCAGAAGAGCAGAGAGGCUCGACAUUGAUCUCAAUUGCCUUUGUGAUGAUGUGGACGAGUCCCCUCAAUCUUCUCUUCCAGCUGAAUCGAGAAGUCCCCGUUUGGCAGAUUUGGACCUGAAUGCUGAUACAUCGGCCGGAAACGCAUGCAAUAAUGUUGGCUGGCAAGGGCAAGGUAGCCAACCCUUGGAAAGCAAGGCAAUGUUUUCUGUGAAUUCCAAAGAACACGAUGUUAAUUUUUCUACACCCACUUACUUGCCUGAUUUGGGUUCUGUGAAUGUUUUCAAUCAUUCUCAUGCCUAUUCACACAUGAUGGCUGCACCAAAUGUCCUAAAACAAUUUGAGGAGAUGCACAGAGUUUCUCCACUGCAACCAAAGUUACCAUACCCAUUACAUAUGUUACCACUUCAGAAUUACCCUUCUCAUGGUCCAUUAUACAUUGCCCCUACGAAGCCCUUUAUGUUCAAUAUUCACUACCCCAGAACCAUACCCUGUGUGAGAGAUCCUCAAUUGUCGAAGCCUGAAACUGUUCCUGCCUCUCUUGGGAUCCCACGUCUCGUAGAGGUUGCUCAUGGACAGAGCCGUGGUGACAUUACAAGUUCUAUACGCAGAAUUGAUGUCAAAAGUGAGAACGACUCAUCAACAAGCGUAAGCAAGAGGGAUAAAGCAGGGGAAUUUACAUUGCCUGCCAAAAAUUCAUCAAUGGAUGAAAAUGAUCAAUCUGUCAAUCAAGAAGCAUGUUAUGCAAAGCUGAUGAAAAGGAAAGAGCCAGAGGGAGGACGGGACUGUUACCAUGUUGGUCACAGGCAGGUGACUUGA